UUCUCUCGGCUGUAAUAUUCGAACAGUUUCCAAGACAAAACCCGAGCUACUUCUUCUGAACGGCAGCAGAGGUUAGAACCCUAAACCCUAAAAUAAACUUUGGUUCUCAAAUUCCAUCAAAACGAAAUGCAAAAUAUGAGGAGUCUGAUUUCAAGCAGCGGCAUAAGGAGAAUUUUACAAUCAUCAAGAGCGUCAUCCUCAUUUAUCGCAUCGCGCUCUUACGCUCUCAUUCCUAUGGUGAUUGAACAUUCCUCCCGAGGAGAGAGAGCGUACGACAUUUUCUCUCGUCUUCUUAAAGAGAGAAUCGUUUGCAUCAACGGACCUAUCAACGAUGACACGGCUCACGUUGUCGUUGCUCAGCUCCUCUUUUUAGAGUCUGAAAACCCUUCCAAGCCCAUUCACAUGUAUCUUAACUCCCCCGGUGGACAUGUCACUGCAGGCCUUGCAAUCUAUGAUACCAUGCAAUACAUUCGAUCUCCAAUUAAUACCAUUUGUUUAGGUCAAGCUGCAUCGAUGGCUUCCUUACUUUUAGCUGCAGGCGCCAAGGGAGAGAGGAGGGCACUCCCAAAUGCCACAGUUAUGAUUCAUCAGCCAUCUGGAGGAUACAGUGGGCAGGCAAAGGAUAUGACAAUUCACACAAAACAGAUAGUUCGGGUAUGGGAUUCAUUGAAUGCAUUGUAUUCAAAGCACACAGGGCAGUCAAUAGAUGUCAUUCAAAAGAAUAUGGAUAGAGAUUACUUUAUGACCCCGGAAGAGGCCAAGGAAUUUGGUAUAAUUGAUGAAGUUAUUGAUCAAAGACCAAUGUCUUUGGUGACUGAUGCUGUUGGGAAAGAAGGCAAAGAAGGUAAAGAGAAAGGUUCAAAUUAGGAUUGAGGGUAAGAUAUUAAUGUUUCUAAUUUUGUAAACUUUAUUUGAGAUGCUGGUUAUGGAGUAAUACAAAAUUUAUUUCUUUCUGGAA